UCAUAAUUCUAAUGGCAGCUUUUACAAACCUCUCACUGCUUGACGCUAAAAGAAAAUUGAACGCGAAACGCAUUCUGUCUUUAACAAACUGAUCCACGAUCACGUCCAGCAAAUCAAGAUUUUUUUCGAAAACCAUUGCGUCUAACCUAUGCAUAAACGUACAUAAAAACUGUAUAGAAUUUACUAAAAUUCAUAUUUACUAUCUGCAAAACAAUUUUUUCUUGAAGAAUUCUUGAUCACUACAGUGCAGUCGUGUUGACUUUCGAUCUUGGACAAAUGAACGUUUUGACGUCCGUAGAGGGAAAGUAGAAGCAACAAUAACUGACUGCACGUAAAAACAAUUGAACAUCGAUGUUCUGAGUUUGAAUAAUUCUAAAUCGCGCGUGGUACGUAAUGUACGUAUUGCGCAGGCGCGCUCGACGCUGAUGAGACUGCUAACCUAACUGUAUCUGAGGCGAAUGAAAUUCAAAGUUCGAGGUCUUUCGAAGAAUUCGGAGUCGAGCGAUCACGAGUACAACUACAACGACUACGACUGCCGCUGCUCCUAGCUUCUGGUGCUGCUUCAUCGCGAGGAUACGUGUGUGCUUGAGAGUUGAGAGACCCAGGCUAUAGAAGCGUCCUCCACCUGCGCUUGGAGUCAUCAUCGUCGGCGCCGCGAGCCCAUCGCUGCACGUGCGACGUGAUACCUAGGUUUCUUCUUCGUCUGUCCAUUCUUCGUUCGUACUCCUGAUAGCACUUUUGUAAAAGCUCCGAGGAGAAUUCUUCGAGGACGAGCGAACCUCAUUCCUCUUUCUAUUUGCUCUAUCGCGAAUCGGAGUGCCAACAAGUUUUAAAAAAGAAAAGAAGACAUAAGAGAACUAGAGAAGAGAGACAGAAAGAGAGAUAGACAGUGUACAUUGUAGCCUGGUCCUGGUGCUUGUUCCGUGCAUCUGAAUAUAUUUUACAGUGCCACCGACAAGCAGUGUCUGGAAGUAUUUUGUGAAGGGUGAUAAUACGUCAAAGUGCAAACUUUGCAAUACGGAGGUCAAAUGCAAAGGCAAUACUACAAAUCUAAAAUUUCACAUUCAAGGUAAUCAUCCAGAGUUGAAUCAAGAGAAAGAGACUAGAUCUACUGAAAAUAAAAGCAUGAAGAGGAAAAUGGAUGAACCAUUGAGCGAGUCUGAGUCUGAUCGAUGUACCCCUUCUCCAGCUCCAUCGAAUGAUUCAAUUUCAACCACUUGUGUUCCUGAACAUUCAGAAAUACUAAGAAUGUCAUUAAGCAGCAAGCAAAUAAAGUUAGAUUCGUCUUUUGCUACGCAAAAGUCAUUCUCAGAAGGAGGAGAAAGAUCAAAUGAUAUCACGAAUGGUAUUCUAUUUUUUAUUGCAAAAAACAACAUACCAUUUGAUGUUGUGGAUACAGAAGGUUUUAGAGUGUUAAUGCACAAGACAGCUCCACUAUAUCAAGUACCCAGUAGAAGAACAAUCACAAGACUUACAGCAGAGAAAUACGAAGUAUUAUCUUCGAUUAUCAAAGAAGAACUUGCUACUACGGAAAAUAUUUGUUUAACCACGGACGUAUGGACAGAACCCGGAAAUACGAAAAGUUUUCUAGGGCUUACAGCACACUACUUAGUAAAUAAUACACAAAGGAGCGUUGUAAUUGGUGUAGAAGAAUUAAGUGAGCGCCAUACAUCUGAGUAUUUAGCUGAAAAAUUGUUGCAAUUUACAUCAGAAUGGAAUAUCAAGAAAGAAAAUAUAAUAGUAAUAAUAUCUGACAGUGCUGUUAACAUUAAAAAAGCGAUUAUAGAUGCUUUCCGUGAGGGAAAGCAUCUGCCUUGCUUCGCACACCUUUUAAAUUUGGUACCAUCCAAAAUUAUUAAAAACGAUGAAGUUAUAAGUCCUUGAAUCAGCAAAAUUAAGAGUAUCGUAACUUUUUUUAAAAAAUCUGUGAUAGCGGCCGAUAAGCUGAGAAAAAAUGUAGGAAAAAAACUUAUUCAAAGCAUCGAAACUCGGUGGAACUUAACGUAUGAGAUACUCUUAAGAUUUGUCGAGUUAGCUGAUAAUAUUACUGUAAUCUUACUUCAAAUUGAUAAUGGUCCAGAUAUGCUAACUGCAUCUGAACUGAAAACUGUUAAAGAGUUUUGUACAUUAUUGGAGCCAUUUUAUCAUGCAACCCAAAUCAUUUCCAAAGAAAAAUAUUUCACAGGAAGCAAAACGAUCCCAGUUAUCAGAACUAUAAAGAGUAAAUUAACCAGUAUAAUGACCAGUACAGAAUCGGGAUCUAAAAUGAAGAAUCUUUUAAUAUUAGAGUUUUAUAAGAGGUUUGAGAACAUCGAACAAAUGUCGCUUUUAGCGAUUGCCUGCUUGUUAGAUCUAACAUUUAAAAAAUUACAUUUUGAGAAACAUCUUUCUUAUGCAAAUGCUGUAAAUAAAUUGACUAAAAUAUUAAAUUCAACUGAUAAUAGAAUGUGCGAAAAAGAAAACAAUGCAGUCAAUCAAACAGGACUCGAUAACAACGACUUUUGGUCGUUUCAUAAAAGUGUUGCUGAUUUAAGCAAAAGUAAAAAAAUCGAAGUUGUGGAUAAAAAUGAAAUGCCUGCAGAUCUGAAGUAUUAUUUAGAUCAACCCGUAGAAGAAAUUGAUUGUAAUCCAAUUACUUUUUGGGAUAGAUACCGCGAUGCUGCUCUAUGUAAAAUCGCAAGGCGCUACUUAACAAUUAUCUCUACUUCAGUUCCAUCAGAACGUUUAUUUUCAGAAGCGGGAAAUAUCAUCAAUAACGCAAGAAAUAAAUUGUCUAACGAACACCUGCAGCAAUUAUUAUUUUUACAUUCACUUUCUUUCGAGGAAUGGAAAAUAUAAACAAACUGUUUAAAAUGUAAACCUAAGGGAUAUAAUAAAAACAUUAAUUUAUUUUCUUUUUAA